AUGGUAGUGAUUGGAAGCCCAAUUGUCAAGCAUCCAGACAACUUGAGACCUGAAGGAUCUUUCGAACGACAACCUGAAAAGGUAGGACCUGCUGAACGACCCAAGCCGAUUAAACCAUCCGAUAACCUCCGACCUGAAGGAGAAUUCGACCGACCGAAACCAGACAAAUAUGCACCUGUUGAGAGAGCACCAAUCGUGAAACACCCAGAUAACUUGAGACCUGAAGGUGAUUUUGAUAGACCUGAACAUGCAAAGUACCAACCUGGUGACAGAGCUCCAGUCGUAAAACAUCCAGAUCAUCUGAAACUGGAAGGUGACUUUGAGAGACCUUCCCCUACCAAGGUGGGACCAGCAGAGAGGCAAAAACCGUUUAAGCCUCAUGAUAACUUGAAGCCUGAAGGCGAAUUUGAUCGACCAAAACCUGCACCGUAUGGGCCGGGAGAAAGAGCUCCAAUCGUGAAGCAUCCAGACAACCUCAAACCAGAAGGAGAAUUUGAGCGUCCCGUUCAUGAGAGAGUAGGACCGGCAGAGCGUCUCAAACCAUUCAAACCGUUGGACAACCUGAAACCUGAGGGAGAUUUUGAGAGACCCAAGUCGGUCAAAGUGGGCCCUGGUGAACGACCCAAGCCAAUCAAGCCUAGUGAUAAUCUGAAGCCUGAAGGUGAGUUUGAACGACCAACGCCUGCCAAGUAUGGACCAGCAGAAAGACCAAGGCCCAUAAAACCAACAGACAAUCUCAAGCCUGAAGGAGACUUCGAGAGACCUUCCCCUACCAAGGUGCAGCCAGCAGAAAGACCCAAGCCUUUCAAGCCAUCUGACAAUCUGAAGCCUGAAGGAGACUUUGAGAGACCUUCACCUUCCAAGGUACAACCAGCAGAAAGACCUAAGCCUUUCAAGCCAUCUGACAAUUUGAAGCCUGAGGGUGAUUUUGAAAGGCCUUCAGUUCCUGAUGCACCAACUCGUGGAGAGAGAGCACCAAUUCGGAAGCCUGAGGACAACUUGAAACCAGAGGGAGAGUUCCAUGGACAACGUACAAUCAUUGAAGAGUUCAGAGAAGUGAGGGGAGAGAGAGCUGAAAUCCAUCGACAUGAAGACAAUCUAACUACAGGAGGUGUAUUCACAGGUGUGACAACAAAACAACUGGAAUUCAAAGGAGAGCCAGGUGAAAGACCAACCAUGGUUCGAAGAAAUACCUGGACGAAGUUGGAAGGUGAUAUGGACAUCGAAACAACGAGUAGGAGUGAGUUCAAACGAUUCGAUACGACGGAGCGUACUCAGAUCGUAAGGAGAAGAUCUGACAAUUUAACAGUUGGUGAAGGAAAAUUCCAGGUUACUUCCCAUACAAAAGAUGACUACCCAGAGAGAUGGCCAGUGAAACCUCAGAAGCCGAGGAAGAGAGAUGAUAAUCUGAAAAUGGAAAUAGGAGAGUUCCACUCUGAAACCAGUUCAAGUGAUGCCUAUCAAGGUCAUCAGAUAACAACAAAGGUGGAAGUGAAACGAAGAAGGGAUAACUUAGUCACUGAGGGUGAGAUGUCAUUCGAUUCAUCAUCCAAGCUAGAUUUCACAGAAAAAGUAACAGAAAGAGAGAAACCUAAGCGAAGAAGAACAUGGACAAAACAGGAUGGUGAGAGGUAUUUUGAAACAACCUCUCAGGAGUUCAAAGAGCACCCUAUAACAAGAGUAACUCAAGUGCAUCACUAUGAUAACCUCCAUACAGAAAAAGGAGUAUUCCAGUCAACAACAACAAGUCAGGAUGUCUACAAAACCAUUCUAGAAAAAGAUGUGAGACAGCCACAGAAACGUCAUCAUGAUAACCUCAAACCUGAAGGACCAUUCAAAGGAUCGCCAACUUCGAAGGAUGAUUUCAAGCCAGUUAUCACUGAGCGGCCAAAAGCCAAGAAACCCAGAGAUAAUUUGAAGCCAGAGGGAGAGUUUGAGCGUCCAUCUUCUCCUGUGAAACCUCAAGCAGCUGAACGACCAAAACCAUUCAAGCCUCAUGACAACUUGAAACCUGAGGGAGAUUUCGAAAGACCCUCUUCACCAACAAAGCCAACAGUUGCCGAGAGACCAAAAGCAUUUAAGCCUCAUGAUAACCUGAAACCAGAAGGAGAAUUCGAGAGGCCAAAACAAACAAAGCUUGCACCAUCAGAGCGCCCAAAACCAAUCAAGCAUCAUGACAACUUGAAACCAGAAGGUGAUUUCACAAGACCUGAAGAGCAUCAUUACAUACCAGCUGAACGCCCAGUUCAAGUCAGGCCUUCUGACAACCUCAAACCUGAGGGUGAGUUUGAAAGACCACAGAAGCCAAGAGUAGAAAAAGGAGAAAGGCCAAAGCCGAUAAAACCAACUGAUAAUUUGAAACCUGAGGGAGAAUUCGACCGCCCAAUUCCAACAACAGUUGGCAGAGCUGAAAGACCUAAACCAGUGAAACCUUCAGACAACCUUAAACCUGAAGGUGAAUUUGAACGACCACAUCCUCAAGAAGUUCUGUAUGCUGAGAGACCCAAGCCAAUAAAGCCAACAGACAAUUUAAAACCGGAAGGUGAAUUUGAGAGGCCUGUCCCAAAAGAAGUGAGACCAGCUGAACGACCUAAGCCAGUAAAACCAAAUGAUAAUCUCAAACCUGAGGGAGAUUUCGAAAGACCAGAGGAACAUAUAUUCAAGCCAGCAGAACGUCCUUCACCAAUAAAGCCAUUGGACAAUUUGAAACCAGAAGGUGAUUUUGAGCGCCCAGAGAGACAAAAAGUGGCCAAGGGAGAAAGACCACAACCCUUCAAACCUUCAGACAACUUGAAACCUGAAGGUGAUUUUGACAGGCCCAUAAAGCCGAAAGUUGGGCCAGGGGAAAGGGCUGAUAUCGUUAAGCAUCCUGAUAAUUUGAGACCAGAGGGUGAUUUCAUUGGUCGCCCAAAAGAUGACUUUGUGCCAACUUAUGGAGAAAGAGCACCAAUUGUUAAACCUCAAGACAAUCUCUAUCCUGAGGGUGAAUUUACAAAACGACCAGAUAAUGAUUACUUGCCUAAAAAAGGAGAAAGAGCACCGGUGGUCAAGCCGAAAGACAACCUUAAGCCUGAAGGAGAGUUCGAAGGUAGACCAAAACAAAAACCAGUCCCACAAUAUGGAGACAGAGCUCCCACAGUAAAACCAAAAGAUAACCUGUAUCCUGAAGGAGAUUUCCAGGGGAAACCCAAGGAUGACUAUGUUCCAACAAAAGGAGACAGAGCACCUGUGGUUAAACCUAUAGAUAAUCUGAAGCCAGAAGGUCCAUUUGAAGGUCAGCCAAAGGAUGAUUACACUCCAAAGAAAGGAGAAAGAGCUCCAGUUGUGAAGCCAAAAGAUAAUCUGAAACCAGAGGGAACUUUUGAAGGAAGAGUACCAGAGACUGCACCAGGAUGGGGAGAGCGGGCACCAGUGGUCAAACCAAAAGACAAUUUAUGGCCUGAAGGUGAAUUCCAAAAGAGGCAACCAGAAGAGUACAUUCCUGUGAAACGACCAGAUCAGUUCAAACCACUGGAUAAUCUCAAACCAGAGGGAGAAUUUGAAAGACCAAUUCCUCAAAAAGUCAAACCAGCUGAGAGACCAGAGAUAAUCUACCAUCCAGAUAAUUUGAGACCUGAGGGAGAGUUUCUGGGUAGACCAAAAGAUGAUUAUGUGCCAACUUAUGGAGAAAGAGCACCUGUUAAAAAGCCAAAGGAUAAUUUGUAUCCUGAAGGCAAACUAGUUAUUGGGCCAAAGGAUGAUUUCACUCCUAAGAAAGGUGAUAGAGCUCCUGUAGUAAGACCUGUUGACAAUCUGAAACCAGAAGGUGACUUUGAAAUACAACCUAAACAAAAAGCUCCAAAAGGUGAAAGAGCACCUGUAGUGAAGCCUAAAGAUAAUUUGAAGCCAGAAGGUGAAUUUGUUGGUCGCCCCAAAGAUGAUUUCCAACCAACAUAUGGAGAGAGAGCACCAGUUGUCAAGCCUCAAGACAAUCUUAGACCAGAAGGAGACUUUGAAGGACGUCCAACAAAUGACUUUCUCCCUAAAAAGGGUGAAAGAGCACCAGUUGUGAUACCAAAAGAUAACCUGAAACCAGAGGGAGAUUUCCAAGGGAGACCAAAAGAUGACUACGUUCCAACUUAUGGUGAGAGAGCUGAUGUUAAAAAACCUAAAGAUAACUUAUAUCCAGAAGGAAAGUUUGAAAGGCCAAUUCCGAAAGAGUACAGUCCAGCUGAAAGACAGAAACCAAUCAAGCCUAUUGAUAAUUUAAAGCCAGAGGGAGAAUUUGAAAGACCUUUAUCACAGCCAAUUGGUCCUGGUGAUCGAGCAGAAAUUGUAAGACACCCAGAUAAUCUGAGACCAGAAGGAGACUUUGAAAGAAGGCCAAAAGAGAAAGCACCUACAGGGGAAAGAGCACCUGUAGUUCGACCAAAAGAUAACCUAAAACCUGAGGGAGAAUUUGUGGGUAGACCAAAAGAUGAUUUUGUUCCAACAUAUGGUGAUAGAGCACCAACAGUGAAACCACAAGACAAUUUACGACCAGAGGGAGAAUUUGAAAAAAGGCCAACAAAUGAUUAUUUGCCCAAAAAGGGAGACAGAGCACCAGUUGUGAGACCUAAAGACAAUUUGAAGCCUGAGGGUGAAUUUGAGGGUAGGCCCAAAGAUGAUUUUGUACCUACAUAUGGUGAUAGAGCCCCUGUAAAGAAACCAAAAGAUAACCUGUAUCCAGAAGGUGAAUUUGUGAGACCACAAAGUGAAGUUGCACCAACUAAAGGAGACAGAGCUCCAAUCAUAAAACCCAAGGAUAACUUGAAACCAGAAGGGGAAUUUGAAAAAAGGCCGAAGACUGAUGAAAUACCAGUAACAAAAGGAGACAGGGCACCAGUAGUGAGACCGAAAGAUAACCUCUAUCCUGAGGGAGCUUUCGAACGACCAACACCUCAAGAUUAUUCACCAGGAGAGAGACAGAAACCAUAUAAGCCAUCAGACAACCUAAGACCUGAAGGCGAAUUUGAACGCCCUGAGCAAGAUAAAUACAAGCCAGGUGAUAGACCAAAACCUAUUAAACCACAUGAUAAUCUUAGACCAGAAGGAGAAUUUGAGAGACCAAAACCUACAGAAGUGUUACCUGGAGAAAGAGCAAAGCCAAUCCACCAUGAAGAUAAUUUGAGGCCUGAGGGAGACUUUGAGAGACCAGUGAGGCAACCAGUAGGUAAACCAGAUAGAGCCGAAAUAAUAAGACACCCAGACAAUUUGAAACCUGAGGGAGACUUUGAGAAAAGGCCAAGAGAACUAGCUCCUAAAGGUGAGAGGGCACCAGUAGUAAAGCCAAAAGACAAUUUGAAGCCUGAAGGUGAGUUUGAAGGUCGUCCAAAGGAUGAUUUUGUGCCGACCAUAGGAGAAAGAGCUCCCACAAAACGACCCGUAGAUAACCUUAGGCCAGAAGGUGAAUUUGAGAAGAGGCCAGAAGAGCAUGCACCAACAAAGGGCGAGAGAGCUCCAGUGGUAAAGCCAAAGGAUAAUUUGAAACCUGAAGGUGAAUUUGAAAGGAGACCAAAAGAAGUAGCUCCGAAAGGUGAGAGAGCACCUGUUGUCAAACCUAAAGAUAAUCUCAAGCCUGAAGGAGAAUUUGAAAGGAGACCCAAAGAGACUGUACCAACAGGUGAAAGAGCUCCAGUUGUGAAGCCAAAAGACAAUUUGAAGCCUGAAGGUGAGUUUGAGGGACGUCCUAAGGAUGAUUUUGUGCCAACCAUAGGUGAAAGAGCUCCUACAAAACGACCAGUAGAUAACCUGAGACCAGAAGGUGAAUUUGAAAGGAGACCAGAAGAACAUGCUCCAACAAAAGGUGAGAGAGCUCCAGUGGUAAAACCGAAGGAUAAUUUGAAACCUGAAGGUGAAUUUGAAAGGAGACCAAAAGAAGUAGCUCCGAAAGGUGAGAGAGCACCUGUUGUCAAACCUAAAGAUAAUCUCAAGCCUGAAGGAGAAUUUGAAAGGAGACCCAAAGAGACUGUACCAACAGGUGAAAGAGCUCCAGUAGUGAAGCCAAAAGACAAUUUGAAGCCUGAAGGUGAAUUUGAGAGGAGGCCAGAAGAGCAUGCUCCAACAAAAGGUGAGAGAGCUCCAGUUGUUAAGCCAAAGGAUAAUCUCAGGCCUGAAGGUGAAUUUGAGAGGCGACCUAAAGAGACUGUACCAACAGGUGAAAGAGCUCCAGUUGUAAAGCCGAAAGACAAUUUGAAGCCUGAAGGUGAGUUUGAAGGUCGUCCAAAGGAUGAUUUUGUGCCAACCAUAGGUGAAAGAGCUCCUACGAAACGACCAGUAGAUAACCUGAAGCCAGAAGGUGAAUUUGAGAAGAGACCAGAAGAACAUGCUCCAACAAAAGGUGAGAGAGCUCCAGUGGUGAAACCGAAGGAUAAUUUGAAACCUGAAGGUGAAUUUGAAAGGAGACCAAAAGAAGUAGCUCCAAAAGGUGAAAGAGCACCUGUUGUCAAACCUAAAGAUAAUCUCAGACCUGAAGGAGAAUUUGAAAAGAGAGUUGUAUCUGAAACAUUCUUGAGAGGUGAGAGAGCUGAAAUAAUACAUCAUGAGGAUAACUUGAAGAUGGUUGGGGAAUUUGAGAAGCGAAUAGUUGAAGAAGUGAAGCCUGGAGUUCGUGCUCCCAUAGUGAAGCAUCCAGAUAACCUCAAGCCAGAAGGUGAAUUUACAGAAUCUAGAACAAGAGAUGACUAUCUAGUGGUAAAAGGUGAUAGAGCAGAAAUUCAUAAACAUGAAGAUAACUUGAAAAUAACAGGUGAGAUGAUUUGUGAAAGACGAGAUGAUUAUAACUUCAUCAAAGGUGAGAGGGCAGUGGUUCAAAGGCAUAAGGACAACUUGAAAAUGGAAGGUGAAAUUGAGGUUCACAGAUCCAGAGAUGACUACACCACAUUGACAGCUGAGAGAGUUGACAUUCAUCGAUAUGAAGACAAUCUAAAACUGGAGGGAGAAUUCUCCGAGUCCUGGAGGAAAGAUGACUACAAAAUUGUUCAAGGAGAGCGAUCUGAGAUCAGAAAAUACACUGACAAUUUGAAAUUGGAAGGAGAUUUUACCACAACACGAACAAGUGAUGACUUCUUCCCAAAGACAAGUGAGAGAGUUACUCCCAUCAAGCAUCCAGAUAAUCUGAGACCAGAAGGUGAGUUUGAAAGACCAAGGCCAGAGAAAGUGAAGCCAGGUGAAAGAGCCGAGAUUGUUAAACACAAUGAUAACUUGAAACCAGAGGGUGACUUUGAAAGACCUGAGAAGGACAAAUAUCAACCAGGUGAGAAACGAAAACCAAUAAGACAGUCGGAUAACCUGAAACCUGAAGGUGAAUUUGACAGACCAGAUAGACCACAAUAUGGACCAGGCGAUCGUGCUGAUAUUGUUAAGCAUCCAGAUAAUUUGAAGCCAGAAGGUGAUUUUGAGAAAAGACAUGAUGAUAAGUUCAUUCCAGCAGAACGUAGAAAACCUUUUAAACACCAGGAUAAUCUCAGGCUUGAAGGAGAAUUUGAGAAGCCAAGAGAAGUACAGACAGGGCCUGGUGAGAGAGCACCUAUUGUCAAGCAUCCAGAUAAUUUGAAGCCAGAAGGUGAUUUUGAGAAAAGACAUGAUGAUAAGUUCAUUCCAGCAGAACGUAGAAAACCAUUCAAGCAUCAGGAUAAUCUCAGGCUUGAAGGAGAAUUUGAGAAGCCAAGAGAAGUACAGACAGGGCCUGGUGAGAGAGCACCUAUUGUCAAGCAUCCAGAUAAUCUCAAACCCGAGGGUGAGUUCUAUGGUCAAAGACCAAUUGAUGAUUAUAAACCAGUUACAUCACAAAGAGAAAUUGUUAAAAAACACAAGGAUAAUCUGAAAAUUGAAGGCGAGUUCAUCGAUUUGUGCACAAGAGAUGAUUUUACAGUUGUCAAAGGUGAGAGAAUGAAUAUUGUUAGGCAUGAAGAUAAUCUGAAGAUGGAAGGAGACAUGGAAAUUCGUAGAUCAAGGGAUGAUUACACAGCAACAAGAGGUGAGCGAGCUCAAAUCACCUUGCAUAAUGAUAACUUGAGAAUGGAAGGGGAGUUUACAGAGUACAGGUCAAGAGAUGAGUACUCCAUGCACAAGAAAGGAGAAAGAUCAGAGAUCACCAGACACACUGACAAUCUGACUGUUCAGGGAAAAUUUGAAGGGAAACCAACCUCAAAAGAUGAUUAUAAACCAGUCAAAGGUGAGAGAGCUGAUAUUAAAAAGUAUAAGGAUAAUCUGACUUUAGAAGGUGAGUGGGAUAUCAAGAGAUCACGUGAUGACUACACUGCAGUGCAUUCAGAGAAGGUAACUGUUGUAAAGCAUGAGGACAAUCUCAGAGUGGAAGGAGAGUUCACAGAUAUGCGAUCUCGCAAUGAUUAUUCACAUAUCAGCGCUGAAAGGCCAGUUAUAAAGAGGCAUCCUGACAAUUUGAAACCUGAAGGUGAAUUUGAAAAACGACCUAAAGAUCAAGCACCGAAGGGAGAAAGAGCACCUGUAGUAAGGCCUAAAGAUAACCUUAGACCUGAAGGAGAUUUUGACAGACCUCAGAAAGCACCACUGGGACCAGGAGAAAGGAGAACACCCAUCAGACAUCCUGAUAAUUUGCAUCCAGAGGGAGACUUUGAGCGACCUCAACGUGAAAACGUGAAUAGGGGAGAAAGAGCACCGAUUGUGAAACAUCCAGACAACCUCAGACCUGAGGGAGACUUUGACAGACCUCAGAAAGCACCGCUGGGACCAGGAGAAAGGAGAACACCCAUCAGACAUCCUGAUAAUUUGCAUCCUGAGGGAGACUUUGAGCGACCACAACGUGAGAAUGUGAAUAGGGGAGAAAGAGCGCCAAUUGUAAAACAUCCAGACAACCUCAGACCUGAAGGUGACUUUGACAGACCUCAGAAAGGACCAUUGGGACCAGGAGAAAGGAGAACACCAAUCAGGCAUCCUGAUAAUUUGUAUCCUGAAGGAGAUUUUGAACGACCUCAACGUGAAAAUGUGAAUAGGGGAGAAAGAGCACCGAUUGUGAAACAUCCAGACAACCUCAGACCUGAGGGAGACUUUGACAGACCUCAGAAAGGACCAUUGGGACCAGGAGAAAGGAGAACACCAAUCAGGCAUCCUGAUAAUUUGUAUCCUGAAGGAGACUUUGAGAGACCACAACGUGAAAAUGUCAAUAGAGGAGACAGAGCACCAAUUGUGAAACACCCAGACAACCUCAGGCCAGAAGGAGAUUUUGAAAGAAGACCAAAAGUUGAUUCAAAACCCGUUAGGGGUGAGAGAGCCAUCAUUCAAAAGCCCAAGGAUAAUUUGGAAAUUGGAAAAGGAGAGUUUGAAGGAUCCUCCACACAUAAAUCACAAUUCACAACUUAUAAGGGUGAAAGGGUUGCUACUAAGAAGUAUGAAGAUUCUCUGAAGGUGGGAGAAGGAAGAAUGGAUGUGAAAUCUACAAGUAGAGAUACAUUUGUUCAUCAAAGAAAAGACUCUACUAAAGAUUCAAUAAAUCACAGACGCCAUGUUGAAUCACAUAUUGUUCUUGGAGAUGACCGAUCUUCAAUGGAUUCAUACAGGCAGCAAUCGAAUGGUUACAAAACUAGAGUGGGUGAAACACAGCGACAAACAAAAAUGUCGGUUGUAGAAUCAGAACAGAAAGUUAUUAAUAAACAAUCUGAAAUGCAACAAACUGUACAAAAACAGAAAUUCCAUCAAUCUCUGGAGCAAAUUGACAGGAAGCAAGAAGAUCUAUCUCGUAAGCAGUCGUCAGUUUCAGAGCACUCCAAACAAGCUGUGACUUCUGAGCAAAUGGGACAAAGGACUGUGCAUAAUGGAAAACAUAUUCAUCAAAGUAGUGAGCAGAAAUCUACAUCCAGUCAAUCUUUCAUCAAUGAAGAGAAAUCAUCACAUAUAAGACAAUCUGGUAUGAAUCAGACCAUGUCGGCUUAUACUAGUUCAGAUUCCAACCAACACAGUGUCACAUCACAGUCAUCUGGCACAAGUGCAAGAAAUGUAAACUAUGAAUCACAAAAUAGAAAAAUGGUCCAAUCAGCUUCGGACUCAAGCAGGGUUGAGAGGAGUUCAUUGAGCCAGAAGGAUAUUCAAUCAAGUCAGAGAAUAUCAUCGCACCAGUCAUCAGUAAUGGAAUCUCAGUCUACGCAUCAGAAAUCUGUUGCAAGAACCACCAAGAGUCAAACUAGUAAUGAGUUCAGAGAAGCAAUGGAAGGCAGAGGAGAAAGUAGUAGACAUGAAAUCACAAAAGGUGGAGGUCAUCACAGAAGGAAUGUUAUAUCAUCAUCAUCCACCGAUGUUGCCAACUCUGUGCUCCACAGGAAAGGCAUGCAAUCGUCCACAGAAGCCCUCCACACAAUAUCAACAACGGCUGCAGUUCAAAGGAAAAGUCUGCAAAACCUGGACAGCCAAUGUAUAUCGACCAACACGUCAAAUGACAGGAAGAGCCUCAGUUCAAUGCAUAGACAGGCAGUCAGCGAAGUCCAGCCGGCCGGUUACAUCCGUAGAGCUGACAGUCUGACCAUUGGAACGGGACGUUUCCAUGGACAAAGCGAAGCCAAAUCGUAUGGAAACUUCACCUCUUCGGAAAGAGUGACCAGAGUGAAGAACACUAAUGCUUCACACUUCAGCCUUGGUAGUGACAGCUCCACACAGUCGUCCUCUCUGUACAAGAGAGAGUUCACUCCGAGGGUGACAGGUCCUUGUCCAGUGCAUCUGAUUGAAACUCACAAGACUACUGUCUACAAGCAUACGAGAGACACACCAAAGCACAAGUUCUAUAUGACCAAGGUUUCCGAAUAAGGAAUUUACUCCACGUUCAAGAUUUAUAAAUAAUAUGCAAUCAAAUUGAAGUGCAUCCGUUCAAAAACAAUAGUUUACAAAUGUUUUUCAUUUCAAUGUUAUAAAAAACUUCCAAUAUUCUUAUAUCUAAAUGUUGUGUAAAACAUGGUCAUGAACAUAUCAAGAUCCUGUUCACGUAAAAGAAGAAUUUUAUUAAUAACUGUUGUUUGAUUAAAAAUAAUAUAAUUAUUACAAACACAGUACCGUAUAUCACUUGCAAAAGUUGAUGUGUUAUGUAGUCAGUACUGUAGAUUUUUUAACGAAGAAUAUUUUUAUAUACUAAUAUUAUUUAUGUAUGUUUAUUGUAAUGUUUAGCGCUGCCUACUAAAAACUGUGAUAUAUAAACAGUCCCAGUCGUUACUUGCUUUAAUGGUGUCAGAUAUAUUCGAAGUAUGAAUAAUCUAAAUAUUUUGAAAUUGGUUCUCAUUACAGUUGUCUUUUUAGUAGCUACGGAGAGAAUAUUAUUUGAAAAGAAUCUCUGAGCUGCAAAUUGAAAGUGAGUUGGCAAUAAUUUUUGUAAGAAUAGAUAAAUAUUUCAAUGAAUAAUAUGCUUCGAUUGGUAGGAGAAUAACUACUACCAAUUUAACAUAAGCAAUAACAAAGACUAUAGAGGAUUUACUUUUAGAACAUAAUUUUGAAAAAUACAUUUACAAUACCUAAGCAUUAAUCAAGCAUAGUACAGUAAAAUGCUCUCUCAUUCCAAUGUUUAUCUCAAAUCAAUGAUAUUUUUAAUACUAUUUCUGUGAAAUCUGCAUAAAUUACAAACAUUUAUGAUUUUAUUUGUUUUAAAAUGGCAAUAUUGUCACAAGAAAAUUAUAUUCGAUAUUUACAAGAAAAUUUCCCAUACCAAUUAUUUCUUUAUUUUUGUAAAUACAGUUAUUUUUAUUUGUAAUAAAGAAAAGAGAAUAAUAUGUUGCCAGUUUUAUAUAUUGCAGUACCUUAUUUCCAUCUAAAUUUGUUUAAGAGCAAUGUUACCUACUAAGUUAUGGUGCUUUAUUAUUAUUUGGAGCUUGAAAAGUUCAUUUGAUUAUGAAUUUUUCUAAGAUUCAAAACUCAUUGAUGAAUUAUUAUAGAUUCCUUUGUAAGAUAUGAUCUUACGAAGAGAAUUCAAUGUAGUGCGGUAGACUGUUCUUAUAUUAAUAUUUGUGUUAUUUAAAAUUGCUUGAAUAAAAUUUGUUAUGUAAUCAUGAA